CUCUGCCAUAACUCAUAUUAUUACUCCUAAGUUAUUCCUCUCCUACUCAUUGUUGCUCUAGUUUCAAGAUCGUGAGAAGAUAUUUCUGGUGCAGGGAAGAGAUAUAUAUAAUGAAACCUAAGAACUCAAGUUCCGAAUUGAAAGCACUUGUUGUGGAUGAUGACAGAGUCAACCGAAUGACUCAUGAAGCGCUGUUGAAAAAAGUUGGGGUGGAAAAUCUUGCUUCAGUGGAAAAUGGGAAAAAAGCAGUGGACCUUUACUGCAAUGGUGAAAGUUUUGACCUAAUUCUGAUGGAUAAAGACAUGCCUGUGAUGAAUGGAAUUGAGGCAACAAAGCAACUUCGUUCCAUGGGAAUUGGUGACAUGAUUGUGGGUGUGUCAUCAUCAUCACGUGGUGCAGAGAAUGUACAGCAAUUCAUGGAAGCAGGACUGGAUGAGUACUACACAAAACCCUUGACUGUUGAUACGCUCAAAGCAAUUCUUCGUAAGAUCAAGUCAUGAAAAUCCAACACUUUACCAUGUUAGGAAACAACGUGGACAAGUCUCUAUGGAGAAAAGUCCAACGUUAUCUUUUAUUCUUUAACAAUGUUGUCAACUUUUAUACCGGUUCAUAGAUCUUUAAUUAGUAUAGAUGUUUUUUCUGUAAC